CAAUCCCCCCCGCGGGACGUUCCAUUGCGCGCGGCUGCCGGGGCAAGGGAGAAGAGGCCUGGCCACGGCGGGUGCGGCUUGCCACGGCGACGGGACUCACUGGCGUAGCGAGCGAAGAGACCUGGGCACCGACCUCCUGGGACGGGCCGCCGCCGCGCUGAGACUUGCUGCCCGCUUCUGGCCGCAGGGCGGGCGGCGCGGUGCCCCUCCGCUGGGCUGUGGUUGGAGCCGUGGCGACUGCGCGCUGGGUAGCUUCCUGCCACACGUCCGGAGUUGGCUUCACAGUCGCGGGACGGGAACCUCGGAUCAGGCUGCUGGCUGUGUGUGCCGGGCACCGCAGCGGGAAUCCUGGUGCUGGACUCGAUGAGAGCAAAGACAAUGCUGACAGGAAUAACAAGGCUUUUCUCCAGGGUCCAGAAGUUGGACCUGAGGUGUUUUUUACACGUGAGUGCCCAAGCACCUCAGAGCAAUCCAGUUCCAGCUGAGCGUCCCAGACCUGUUUCCCGUACCAGUGACAGUGACCCGGCUAAGCAUGGGGAGCAGCAUGAGGGCCAGUACUAUAGCAUCCCCUUCCAGGAUCUGAAGACAGUAUUUCCUCAUGGCCUGCCUCCUAGGUACAUGAUGCAGGUGAAGACUUUUGGCGAAGCUUGUCUGAUGGUAAGGAAGCCAGCUCUAGAGCUUCUGGGCUACCUGAAAAAUACCAAGUUCACUCACCCCGCUGUGCGGUAUCUUCUCUAUGGGGAGAAGGGAACAGGAAAAACUCUCAGUCUUUGCCAUGCUGUUCAUUUCUGUGCAAAACAUGACUGGCUGGUUCUGCAUAUCCCGGAUGCUCAUCUUUGGGUGAAGAACUGCCGGGAGCUUCUGCAGUCCACCUACAACAAAGAGCGCUUCGAUCAGCCCCUAGAGGCAUCCACCUGGCUGAAGAACUUCAAAACCACCAAUAAGCGCUUCCUGAGCCAGAUAAAAGUUCAGGGGAAGUACGUUUGGAACAAGAGAGAAAGAACUGAGAAGGGCAGUCCUCUGGGAGAAGUUGUUGAACAGGGCAUAACACGCGUGAGGAAUGCCACAGACGCCGUCGGGAUCGUGCUGAAGGAGCUUAGGAGCCAGAGUUCCGAAGGACACUUCCGCCUCCUGGUAGCAGUGGAUGGGGUCAAUGCCCUCUGGGGAAGGACCACACUGAAAAGAGAAGACAGGACCCUGAUUGCCCCGGAGGAACUAUCCCUGGUCCACAGCCUAAGGAAAAUGGUGAAAAAUGAUUGGCAUGGAGGUGCAAUUGUGCUGAGUUUGAGCCAAACCGGGUCGCUCUUUAUGUCCCGAGCCGCAUAUUUGCCGCACGAGCUUCUGGGAAAGGAAGGAUUUGAUGCCUUAGAUCCUUUUCUUCCCAUCCUCAUUUCCAACUAUAAUCCAAAGGAAUUUGAAAGUUCUUUCCAGUACUAUCUAGAAAAUAAUUGGCUUCAGCAUGAGAAAGCUCCGACGGAAGAAGGGAGGAAGGAGCUCAAGUUCCUGAGUAACAGCAACCCCGGGCAGCUGGAGCGGCUCUGUGCUGCCCUGUGAGCACCAGCGCCUAGCGCAAGCGGGGCGGCCUGGCCACAGUGCCCACAUCCCGCUGUCCCUAUGCUGAACCCCUUCAUUAAAGGCAGCUGUGCUCUCUAA